AAUCUGUUACCGAAGAGCAGUAAGCAGUUCUCCUCCAGCGAGUACUGGGAGCAGUUCUUCCGGCGCAGGGGGGCGCGGGCCUUCCAGUGGUAUGGAGGAUACUUGGAGCUGUGUGGGGUGCUGCACGUAUUGAAUGUAUUUAUUCAACCCAAAGACAAGGAAUCGGGAUUGUCGAGUUGGCUUGGAGAUAAGCUCACUCCUUUGCAGAGUAUUCCCCCAGCUGCGAUCGCUCUAGUCUUGUGUCUGCUGGUUGCUAUAUUCACAGAAUGUACCAGUAAUGUAGCGACGACUACACUGUUCCUACCAAUCCUGGCAUCUAUGACAGUGGUGGACUGUCUCUCAGAAUCCCAACAUCCAAUGCAGGGCUAUGGAACCUGCUUUGGUCUUGAUGUCAGAACUCUAGACUGCUGGAGCAUGGGGGAGAAGCUGUGGUUAACAGGCCUAGCUGCGGGGAGGAUCAGA